CUGGGAGUGGAGAGGUUGGAGGGAAGCGGCACGCGGAGGCUCUCCGAGGGAACCGUGAAGUAUAGUUCGGCUGUAUACUUGGAGGAGGGCAGGACAGUGCUCUUAUCUUUGCUCACUCCGUAUCCCUCGCACUUAGCUUGGUGCCUGAGUGGGGAGUCUGAAGCGGAUGUUGGCCAGACGGGAGGUACCGGGCUUUCUCCCAGCCCCAGGGAUAAUGGAGGCAAGACUUUUGCAAGGACCUUAAGAUGUCUUCGUUGAUAAGGCUUCAUAGAGGACAGUAUGGAAGAUCUUCAGUAACUAAAAGCAGUAAACCAUAUAAACAUUUUCUGCCGACAUAUUCUCCCCAAGAGGGCUACUUAAAGGAGAGUGAAGACGUGCAAAGCAUUAAAGAAUUAUUGCAGAAUGUGGCUGAUUAUUCAAAAGGGAAUGAAGAUAACCAUGAGCGAUACCAGUAUUUUGAGUUAGAUGAUACCAGCAGCAGGGAUGCGCGGAAAGAGGGGCUUUUCCAGCACUUCUAUCAAGUGAUUAAGAAAGAGCGUGAUCGAGAGAGGCCUUCAGAUUGCAUUAUUGUUUCUACUGACAAAGCACAGAGGGAAUAUGCAAUAGCCAUAGGUCAUCGGUUGCAGGAUCAUGGCCUCGUGGUGGAAAUGAUUCACCUUACCACUGUGUCGGGUCUGUCACGAGCACUCCAGGAAGUUAAAGAUGAUGGAUCCCCAUUUUGUAUUCUUGUUGAACAGUCUAAUGUAAACCUUUACUCUUGUACUCUAAUUGUGCUUCAUGAGUCUAUCAAAAUACGUUGUCAUAUGCCCCUGGAUGAUGCCCUAGUGCUGGUGACUAAAGAACAUAGGAGAUUUUCCUCUAAAUGGGAGCAGCAGGAACACGCUGGAAUUUCUGUGAGGGCUGGAAAUCUGGUAGAUGACUUCCUAGCCCGAGAGUGUCUUACCAGCUACUCUGUCCCUUUGGGCAUUCGGCAUCUUCUCUUCCUUUUGAAUGAGGGAAAGCAUUUGUUCAGGAAUGAGUUGGACCUGCUCAUGGACUACUUGAAGACCAGGAAAGGACUACUGGGAGGCUUUGAGAUGCCAGGUCCUUUGGUUGCUAGUCAUCAUUCCUCAUUUCAAGGCAGGAAUACCCCCAUGGUGGUUAAGCCACCUCCACUUCUUCCAACCCCUGGAAAGAGGUCCUUCCCAGGCCCUCAUCCCCCAGUUCCUGUCAAGGCCCCUUUGCUAGGUGAUAGGCCUGGAGGUCUCCUUCCACUGCCAGGAUUGGUCAACCCCAAAGUUCUCUUUCCCCCUCCACUACUGGCAGCCCCUUCCAAGAGGCCUGCUCCUUUGGGAUGCCCCCCUCCCAAGCCUGCCAAGCGUCCACUACUUGGGGAGAAACCAGGUCUUUUAGCACCACCACCAGGUCUUUCGCAGUUGGUACUGCGCAAGCAGACACUUCAACCCAUGCCUUUGCUGGAGUAAGGAGAGCUCUGCUGAGCUAGGAAAACACGGUGGCUGCUACCCCAACACGGUUUCACCCUCCUCCAAGGAUCAAGGCCCCUAUCUGGCCUGCAGCACUGAUGUCCAAACAAUGGGUACAAAUGGCCAUCCCUUUUGUCCCAAACAUGGUCCAAUGGAAACUUAUAAAAAGUUUGGAGUCCUUUUGUACCAAACUAGAGGUUUGUGGAAGGUCAUUGUUCUAGAUGUUAGAUCUUGAUAUUGUUUGAUUAUAUGCAUAUUUUAAUACAAUAAAAACUUUUAGCUUUUACAUA